CUGCGGCGUAGCAGUAGAGUAUGGGCCGGUGUGGCGGGCGCACAGUUCUUUCAAAACGGGUAGCUCGCGUUAUCAAUUAACAUUAACUGCGUGGUGCCUCCCUCCUCUCUCUGCCUCUCUCUCUUUCUCUCUCUCUCUCUUUCUCUCUCCUCCCCUCCCCUCCCCUCGGUGUCCCCGACCCCUCACCUGCUGUCACAGUUUCGACAUCGCGUCGCGAUUCAUCGCGGUGGAGUGUAUCAUAACAAUAACAAGAGUCGAACGUCGGCGGGUCUUUUUUACUCGAGGCGCGCGUACCGGAGGCGCACAUGGAGCACGUCGAACGGCGCGUAGACGUCGCCCGCGAUACGAGAUCGUCGCCGUCGUGUUGGCUCGCUGACCGCGGCUGGAGCCACGCGUGAAAAAGCGUGUAAGGGUUUCCGCAUAAGUGUGACGAAUCUCCGGUGCGGUCUCGGUUCCGUCACAACGCGGUUUUCUCGGGGCGCCGAGUCGCGCGCGCGGCGGCCGCCCCCGCGAACGCGAACGGCCCUACGAGGAUCGAAAAGAUGUGACCGCGAAACCGCGUGCGGUGCGAUCGCGGUGCGACGAACGGGAAAAAUAGUGCGGAAAAGUGAGAGAAAGUGCGACAGACGAGAGGGAAAAAUGACUCGCCGCAGUGGCCGGUACUCCGCGAGGACAGUGUUGCUGACGUCGUUCCUGCUGACUUCCGUACUACUGGUGCUGGCGACCGAGGACACCGCGACCUUGGAGUACGACGAGCCCCUUCCGGCAGCCGGCGAUCGUCCGCAUGUUGAUUCAGACGCACCGGCCGUGGAGCAGCGCCAAGGACGCGUGUCCUUGCACGUGGAGAUGCCGUCGAAGGCCAAGCGCGAGCAGGCGUUGCGCAACAUCCUGGCCAGGAGGCGGCAGAUCCUGAGCCAACGUUCGCAUGAGCCGCCUCGGCUCUUCCCGAGUCGCACGGCGCGGCCGAGCGACGCCGUCUCGAAGGAUCUCCCGGACAUCCUGGAGACCCAAGAGACCCGGCACGGCGUCUACGUGAGCAGUGCGCGAACGGAAGCGUCGGUGGACGAGGAGACUCUCCAGUCGCCGAAGAAGCCGAUCGAAAAGACCGCGAUCGAGUCGGAAGCGGAAGAAGCCCCUCGGAAGGCGCUCGGGAACGACAGCAGCUCGUCGUCGUCGCCGAUGACCACCGAGAGUCAUGAGCUCGUCUCCCUGACGAGCACGUCCGUCGGCCAGAAGUCAAACGAGCCGGACGCGCGACGGAAGAACACCGUGGCGAUGUCGGAGUCGCUGUACAAACACUUCCGCCCGGUGGAGAGCAACAUCCCGGUCGAGGACAUGUCGCAGUUCCUGUACUUCGGCCAAAAGCUGCAGCCGGACGCUGCGCAGAACGGCAGCAGCAUCGGCUCCGGCAACACCUCCAGCCCCAACUCCGUGGAGACGACGUCGACGGUCGCGAGCUCGCGCAGGAGGUACUCUGCGAAGAGACCAGGCGCCACGCAGAUGGCGGCCGGUCCGGUGGAGGAGAUCGUGAACGAGGAGAUGAACAUCGCGCUGGAGCGCCGCACAGUCGAGAAGAAUCAAGUGUCCAGGAUCAAGAACUCCUACAGGAGCUCAGGUAGCGGACUGUACUUCCGGAAAGCGAGGCCCGCGGACGUGGGGUCCAACGUGAUUCCGGGCAACGUCCUGUCGAGUCCUGCGCUCGGCGGCUCGGACGCCAAGAGCGAGAUCAACACGGUGGACGAGAAGCUGCGCGCCGACCCGUCCGCUCACGCGGACCGGGCCACGCGGGAGAGAGGAAGCGAAGCCCACGUGGCUGAGCCGAGCAUGACGACCCAGAUUCCACGGCAACGUCAGCGGCAGCUUUCGGCCGCGGACGGUAACGUGGACGACGGCGACGCGAAGAGCGAGCUGAAGACGGACGAGACGGCUCGCGCGGACACUUCGCGCGGAGUCGCCGAGGGCGGUCGGAAGAGAACGAGUGACCUUGGCGGGAACGUCGCAGAAUUCAAGACCGAAAAACAGAGGGAAGCUGAAGAAGAAACAGUCGACGGAGCGAAGACGGGGCCGACAACCGCGGAGAAGCCGCCGGAACAGAAGACGGCGACUGGUGACCUCGAAGUGACCACCUCAUCAGCACCAGAAGCCAGCUCGAGGUCUCGCGACAACAACAGCAACAUCAUCGAGACGUCGCCGGCGACGCGCGACGCCGACACGAAGACGAGCCCGUCGCAGCGCGCCGAGUCGUCGACGCUGCGGAUCGUCGUGCCGGACGAGAGCUUCGGGCGCAGUUUCGCGAUCGAGAGCGAGCGGGCUCGUCAAGGUACCGUUAAGCAACCGGUCGAUCCCGCGGCGGAUCGACCGGUUCGCGUGUCGGCCGCCAGCGACGUCGCCCCGAAAUCGCCGUCUUCUCCGUCGACCACGGUCGCACCUGCCGCCCCCAGUCGUCGUCAACAGCGGCAGCAACAGCAGCAACAAGCGCACCAGCAGCAACACGUGUAUGCUUACACGAUAACCAACGUGACGCGAUUGUUGCGCAACUACACCGGGUCUGGAUCCAGCGGCGAAGAACGAGGAGCUGGAGGAGGAGAAGGAGGAGCAGAAGGAGAAGGAGGAGGAGGAGGAGGAGGAAGAGGAGGAGAAGGUGAAGGUGGAGGAGAAACAGAAGGAGGCGCAGGUCGUCGUAGUAGCGGUGCCAAGAUAACGAGCGGUGAACCGUCGCAGCGGCGUCAGCAGCAACAGCAACAGCCGCCGCCGCCGCCGCCGCCGCCGCCGCAGUCUUCUCCUCUUCUGCUUCCUCGUGCUGGCGACGGUAUAGACCCGGCGCGAGCGCCGGCGGGACUCAGUGCUGGCGCGACCGUCGAGCCAGCCGCAACUGUUGGAACGUCGCCAGGUGCCGUGGUCGGUCUAGUGGGGGAACGAGCGAGGAAAGUAGUCCCGCAAGUGCAGCAGCAGCAGCAGCAGCAGCAGCAGCAACGCGUGACCAGUCAACGGGCGAUCUGGUCGGCGCAGGCAGCUCCGAACGACAGCCUCGCGCUGCCGACGUCGAGGCCCGCGAAGCCGACGGAGGCCGCGAGCAGCAGAGGCUCCGUGAGGUGGAGUCUCGUCAAGCCGAAGAUCAGCGAGCAAGAGGUUGCGAAUGACCGUAGAUUCCUGAGGAAGAGCGCUAGCGCGGUGCUGAACCAGCGCUCGACCGUCCACGAGGAGGUCCCGUCGCCGCUGGCGAGCAAGCGUCGUCGAGUGUUGACUUCUCCGAGUGGGCUGUCCACUUCGCCGCCAACGAGCAGAAGGGUGAAGUCGAGUGAGCGGCCCGAGGGUGCCAAGGUAGGCAGGGUGUUAGUGGUGGACGAUCGAUCGGACAACAGGACGGUUGCGAGUCGCGGCAAGGCUCCGGACGAUGAAGUGCCGGCUCCUGCGGAAGUCGCGCGCGCCAGCGGGCUGAACGAAGUGCCGCGCGACAGCAGUGUGCAGGAGACGACCGCGGUUAGCAGCAGCGUCCUCGCGACAGCAGCCAUGGUGAACUCGAGCCGCAACUCCAGCGCAACCGGCGAGGCGAUGGACGCGACCGAGCCGUCGGUGCUUUUAGACUCGGCCGCGACAACGGAGGAGGACAGGCCCGACGUACUCGUCGCGGACGAGGACGUCGUCACCGCAUCGAGUGCAGCCGACAGGGGUGGCGUCGGGCGUACCGUGACGCCCGACAAGGGCGAGAGUGACGCGAACACGACGACGAGCGAAGAGAUCGCGACGAUUGUGGCAGUGAGCGAGCAGGUCGCUGAGACGACGAUGAGCACGACGUCGACGACGUCUACGUCACCGGCGGCGCCGGUUUUCCCGGUCACGCCGAGGAUACUGGCGGAAACGGACAAGACCACCGCCGGGGAAGCUUCCACCCUGAGGCCGUCGGACGGCUCGAAGCCGCGGGAGGUGAAUAACCAGCCGUCCGGCAUUACGACCGACUUGGAUCCUUCGGAAAUCCAGAAGAGGUACCGAGCCAAGGAGAUGACCAGCGCCACGCCGGCUCCGCCGACGACAACGGCUUCGCCGGGCGGGGACGACUCUGGUCCCGCGGUCGACGCGAGCCCAAGCUCGACCGGCGAGCCGGAAGUGCCGAGCGUGUCGGCUUCAAAGGGGAGCGGAAGGCGCGUAUCCGGCGAGAGGUCGCCGGAAGUCCGAGCGCGCAACCUGUCGGACAAGUCGAAGGACAAGGACGAGGAUGUGCUGCCAAUCAUGCACUUGUACAACACGUCGGACAUCUUCAACGGCAGCGGGCCGAUGGACGGCUUCGCCCGCGGCACGGAGCGGCCACGGCUGGUGCUUCCGGUGAGCUCCGGCUCAAAGGACGAGGCGACGGCGGCUCCGACGCCCGCAAAGAAGAGCACGUCUGAGCCGGCUACGAGGCUGGCCGGUGCGACGGAAGUCGCUCCCGGCGGAAGCACGUCCACCACCACCGUCGCCAAAGCGAAGGAGCCCACCGCGAGCCCGCCGAGCUCUCGGAAGGACAAGCAUGAGGAGCAGCGCGAGUCGCAGGACACCAGCGCUCCAGCGUCCCGGGGAGCGUCCACCUUCGCGCCUGCGAGCGGUAACAGGACGAGGUACAGGCCGUCAUAUCACCACUCGAUCCUGCCGGAGUACAACGGCACGAUGUACUCCGCCGGGUUGAACAGGACGUUCCUCGAGAUCGGCCCGAUCUCGGUGAGCCCGCGCGAAUCGAUGAACAUCAGUGAGGUGAUAUCGAAGCGGCACGACGGCGACGCGAUCGCCACCCAGGAGACGGUCGCCGUGGUCAGCUACAUCUUGGCCACCCUCGUCGUCUUCCCCAUCGCCGUCGGCGUCGGGCUCAUACUCAGAAGACUGAUACUUAGGAAUCGUAAGGUGCUAGAGGAGUCGGACACGUCAUCGGAGAUAAGCUGCAGGAAGGACGCUCUUAAUCUCGAGAACGGCGACUUCAAGACGUCCAUCGAGAAGGCGAUCACGAAGCUACCGAGGAUACAGCACUUGUGUCACGAAGCUGAGAAACCGCCGCCUUCGUCGAGCCAGGAAUCCAGAUGGGAGUUUCCUAGAGAUAAGCUUAGGUUACAGACAGUCCUCGGGCAAGGAAACUUCGGCCAGGUGUGGAAAGCCGAGGCCGACGAUCUGACCGGUCAUCAAGGUACCACUCGCUUGGUAGCAGUGAAAACCGUCAAGGAAGGCGCCUCCGAUCGGGAGAAGGAGGACCUGGUCCGGGAACUCGAAAUCAUGCAGCAACUGGGGAGCCAUCCGAACGUUGUGACGCUUUUAGGCUGCUGCACCGAAGAAGAGCCUCAUUAUCUCAUACUGGAGUACGUCAUGUACGGCAAGCUGCUGGCGUACCUGCGCGACCACCGCACCAGACAGUACUUCUACAACUUCAGCGAGGACUCCGCGGCCUUGACGUCCAGGGACCUCACCGUUUUCGGCUAUUGCGUCGCCAGAGGCAUGGAGUACCUCGCGUCGAAGAAGAUCAUUCACCGCGACCUCGCCGCCAGGAACGUCCUCGUGGACCACAAUAAGCUGUGCAAGAUCGCCGACUUCGGCAUGUCGAGGUUCGCCAAUGAGGACGGGGAGGUGAUCGAGACCAGGCACGGCAGGAACGCCUUGCCCAUCCGAUGGAUGGCCCCCGAGUCCUUGAUCUACUCCCUUUUCACGACCAAGACAGACGUGUGGAGCUUCGGGAUCCUCAUGUGGGAGAUCGUCACUUUAGGCUCGACACCGUACCCGGAUAUGACGGCGCGGGAAGUCAUGCGGAACGUGCACAACGGUUAUCGGCUGGAGAGGCCUUCGCACUGCCGAAGCGAGCUCUUCAGGGUGAUAUCGCGCUGUUGGCACGCUGAUCCCGACCGCAGGCCGGAAUUCCAGACCCUACGCAGGGAUCUCGCUCAGCUGCUGGAGGACAACAUGAAUGGGCACUAUGUGGACCUCGAGAGCUUCGCUUCCGAGUGCACCGAUUGAGGCGAUCGCACCCUCCCCCUCUUCCCAUCAUCCCUCCCCCCAUCGUCGGGGGACGGAAAGGCACGUCGUUGGAUCCUCGCCGACCGCAUCGCCCCGACCGCCGUGGGAAAUCGAUUUCGCGCGGGAGACGCCGCGCUGACGCGCGAUUGAUGAUUGCGCCGUGCGAGAUAGAUGGAUGGAUGGACAGACGACGUGCGUCUUUCUUCCUCUCUCUCUCUCUCUCUCUUUCUCUCUCUCUCUCUCUCUCUCUCUCUCUCUCUCUCUCUUUCUCUCUCUCUCUCUCUCUCUCUUUUUUUGCUCAAGGAAGAGAGAAAGAGAAAGAAAGAGGGAGACGUUGCCGCGGUAGCUCGAUCCCCGCGAAAGCGAGUUCGGAAGCUCUGCUCUUCUGCGGGGAGAAGCACGAUGCCGAGAUCGCCGCAGGAGAAGUCGAGGGAGAUUUGAGAAUCCGCUUUCUUUUUUCCCUUUCAUGUUCACGCGGGUGGUGCUCUCGAGCUCGUCGAAGCUCUUAUCACGAGACGCUGGACUCUUAUCACUGGCGACUGUUGCGCGCGCGUGCACGCAACGAGAAUGGAAGCAUACGCUUGAGAAUGGAAGCAGGGAUGUUAAUUGAUCGGCAGUUUCUUUUUGUUUUUGGAGACGAAGGAGGAAUGUCGUCACGAACCGACGAUCUCUCGCCGAUUCGCUCGCGGUAAUCUGAAGGGUCGUUAAUUAGCUGUUAUCGAAGUUACGCUCGGUAAUACUGAGACGAAUCGAUCGUACAAGUAAGUCUUCAGCGCCGGUGAGCCUCCACGAUUCGUCGAGACGCGGGUGCGUUAAUUGCGCGCGCUUCCUCCUGCGAAAGACGCAGACGGCACGUAGAAAUGCGGUUUGUAACGCGCGUGACGCCGUAAUAAACGACGAUGAAGUAAGGAACACAGAGAGUACCUAUAACGGAGAUGAGAAGACGCAACGGGAGUUUGCAAACACCCCGAGGUACAAUUAUUUUUUUAUCAUUUCAUCACUUCGUUAUUGCAUUCCGAUUGUUUCGUAAAAUUAGAUCGCAGGCGUAAAUUUUAUGAUUUAAUCCAAUUAAACUGAAUAAAUUAAUUAAAUUAAUUAAUCUAAUUACAAAAAAAAACAAUUAGAGUGCAAUUGACGUGAUAACAUUAAUAACAAAUAUAAAAACGUCACUUUUUAACAAAACAUAAAUACAAAACAAAUAAAUUGGCUUAAUUUAGUGGCAUAUGUUUAAUCUAUUGAUUUAUUUCUGAGACAAAAACAGUGAAUCGACGUUGAUUUGACGCACUCGCGUUUACGCAUCGUGGAAGCUCGUCGUUGCGUAACAGUCGACGCGAGUAAAGGUUGAUUCCCAUUAUAGAUCUAGACAGAUUGGCAGACAGGAAUUCAUCACUCUUCCGUCAAGACUUUUCUUCACGUUCUGUGAUUGGGAUGAAUGAGAUGUGUGAACGGUGACGAAUACUGUGAAUAGACUCGAAUAGACUGGACGAUUAGUGAGAAUCAGACUUUAUCCACGAAUCGAGAAAAAAGGUUGCGAGACCGCAGCGAACGGUCAUGCAUUUUCAACAGUUCCGUCCGAGAUCUGUCUUUCGCUUUCGGUACUUAUUUAUUACCCCGAAGCGCGAUUACGCACGCUUCGGGAAAUACAGGAAGUGGAGAAUUACAUAUUACGGAGGAAGAGUAACAGUCCGAAGACACAACGGGACUCGAUUCCGCGUCGAGACAUAUCUGUACAUAUUGUAUCCCUCGCGCUAUACAUAACUGUAGAUGUAUGCAGGACAGAAAUGCGAAACGCACUUUAUAUCCGCCGGAAAUCAAAGGAAGAAGCAAGUGUCCUCACACGUACACGUAUACACACAUACACGCACACGCAGACACACAAGCAGACAGACGUACAAUUUCUGUUAACGUACCGUUAAUAAUCUUAUCAUCGCUACAAUUAAUUAAUUAAUUGCUCGUUAGGUGUACGUGCAUCCAUGUUUCCAAUCGCGUCCGCCGCGUUUAUAUUCUUAAUCAUUCUAGUCUUUCGACGCGUUCUGGGGACGGCGAUUGGCAAUAUAUAUACAUAUAUCGUAUGUAAUCGCAAGCGCACGCCGUCUUUCAGCAUCUCCCUCGCGCCGACGAACGCCACGAAUCGUCCGAAGUUCGCUCGAAUCCCGGCGACAACAGGUGCGUCGCGCGAUCGCUCCGGAGAACGGAUUAUAGAAGCCCCCACCAGUUGAUUAUUUUAUUAAGUAUUUUUAUCUCGCUGUCUCUCUUUCUCUCUUUCUCUCCGAGAUGUCGUCGUUGGAAAAACUCCCGUCUACCGUUGUUGCUCGAGACGUCUCGUCGUUCUCGAAGUUCCGCUGCAUUUUAAACGUACAGGAAAAAUAAAGAAGAAGAAAGAAAGGGAGAAAGAGAGAGAGAGAGAGAGAGAGAGAGAGAGAGAGAGAGAGCUGUUACUUUCGCAGAAGAUCGGCUGCGAGCAACAUUGUAUGUAGACUUGAUUGUACUAAGAACUUUUGUCAGUAAACGUUGUGAGAAAACUUAAACGA